AGAACGGUGGGGAUUCCAUUAGAAUUUACGUUAUACGUUGUGUAUUCUUGAUAGUCGAGUUAUUACAUACGAGAAGAUAGUACCUCAUUCGAUAAAAGAAAAGUCAUUUGAGUAGCAUAAACAUAUAAAAAAUUUUUUUUUAAAUCCACCGGUGAAUUUAUUUUGAAAUGACUUGAGUGUUAAAAUUGUUCAUAAAAAUUAUAAUAUUAUGAAAAUAUGUGGGGAAUAAAAAAGGAGAAUGAUCGCACCGAGGAUUUCAUCCGUGAGAUGAAAAAAUAAGGAAAUUAAAAUAGGAAUAAUUUUUUGAUCGAAUUUUUCUUUCGGGGACAAAUAAAAAUUGAUAGGAAUAUGAAUAACACGAAGAGUAACAUGAACUUGGAGGGCAAUAGCGCUGAAAUGAAAUUACUGUUGGAUCCAUCGAAAAGUGUUGAUAUAGAACGUCCAACGUUACACACCCCAUCGGUCAGAGGGGUUGAUGAUGUUUUCAGGGAGUUGCCAAUAACGGAAGACACUUCCUGCGGUAUCUGGUGCUUUAGUGGUCCAAAACUACAAAAAUUUGCCAAUAAAAAGGCGUAUGUGUUUCUGUACGGUGUUCUUGGAUGUAUUUUUUCGGCGAGUUAUGCGUAUUUUAAUGGUACCAUCACUACUUUGGAGAAAAGAUUCAAGAUACCUUCGAAAACCACUGGUGUCAUUAUGGUUGGAAAUGAUAUUUCCCAGCUACUGGUGUCCGUCGUACUGUCGUAUUAUGCUGGGAGAGGACACAGACCACGAUGGAUAGCUUUCGGAAUUUAUACUGUAGUGCUAUUUUGCUGCCUAACAAUGCUCCCCCAUUUUCUUUAUGGACCGGGUGAAGACGCUUUGCAAUUAACGAAGGAAUACGGUGGAAUAAGUCUCACGGAUGCAUCAAACUCGACCGGGCUUCUGCCAGGGCAAGACAGAGAUCGAAAAUUUCUGUGUUUAGCCAAGGAGCAUCGUGGAAUUGACUGUCACGAAGAGGACGGUAACUUUGCCCCUCAGGUAUUUCUAUUUAUUGCCCAACUAGUCGCCGGAAUAGGUGGAUCUCUCUACUACACCCUUGGUGUCUCCUACAUGGACGACAACAUUCAGAAAUCAAAGACCCCGGCAUUAAUCAGUUUUUCCUACUUCCUGAGAAUGUUGGGACCAGCAAUUGGUUAUGGAUUAGCAUCAUUUGCAUUGAAAUUCUACAUCAGUCCAACCCUGACGCCAACAAUCAAAACAACUGAUCCAAGGUGGUUGGGAGCCUGGUGGAUGGGCUGGAUAAUCCUGGCGAUUCUUCUUUUCAUUUUCGCAAGUAUUCUCGCUCUCUUUCCGAAGACCCUUCCUCGAGCAGCUGCUCGAAAAAUUCUGGCUCUUGAGCGCAGCAAGUCAACCACAAGCAAUCAAGACGAAAAAGGAAACAAGAAUUCUGAGGAUCUUGAGCAGAAUCGAUCAGAAGUUCCAGCCUCCUUAGGUGACAUGAUGCAAACCUUCAAGAGGUUAUUGACCAACAGUACGUUGAUGUGUAACAAUGUCGCUACAGUUUUCUACUUUUUGGGUUACAUGCCGUACUGGGUGUUUAUGCCCAAAUACAUCGAAACUCAAUACAGACAAUCGGCCUCAGUCUCCUCUCUGAUAACGGGCACAGUUGGCCUGAUUUUUACAGCUAUUGGAAUACUGAUUUCGGGUCUUGUCAUAUCAAAGUACAAACCCAAAGCCAGAUAUUUAGCAGCUUGGAACAUCAUCGUUGGUGCCAUUUCGGUGAUGGGGAUGAUAUCCUACGCAUUCUUAAGGUGCUCUGCCAAUGACAAUCAGGUGAUAAUGGCAGGUGGUCCUGGAGGACAUUCUUCGUGCACUGAUAAUUGUAAUUGUGAUUAUGUUACAUAUAAUCCUGUAUGUUCGGAGGACGGUAGAACCUACAUAUCUGCCUGCCAUGCUGGAUGUAAAACUCUAACGAUGAAUCCUGACGGCACCAAAACCUACUCUGAUUGUGCUUGCAUUAAAUCGAGGUAUACUAGAGCACCAUCUGAUAGAGUUGAUGUCCUGACAGAAAGUAAUUGGACGAUAACAGCUGACAAACAUCCGAAUGUGGCCAACUAUAUUGGAUCGGCAACAUCUGGACCCUGUCCAGUAGACUGCCAACACAAGUUCUAUCUGUUCUUGGCAGUUGUGUGUCUUCUCAAGUUCAGUGGCGCUACAGGACGGGCUUCAAAUUUUCUAGUGUCUGUGAGAUGCGUUGACGAGAAGGACAAAGCAGUGGCCAUGGGCUUCGGUUUAACCAUCAUGAGCUUAUUUGCUUUCAUACCGUCGCCUAUUCUCUUUGGGUUUAUCCUGGAUAAAACGUGCCUUGUUUGGGGAAAAACGUGCUCAGGAACGGGAAAUUGUUGGUUGUACGAUGGAGAAACCCUUAGGUAUCUGCUCAACUUUACGGCAGCAAGUUUCGUUACUAUUGGAACGUUAUUUGAUAUUGGAGUCUGGUACUUCGUAAAGGAUGUGAAAAUAUUUGACGAAGAAAUUGAACUAGAAAAAAUGACGGAGGAAAAUGGAGAGACCCUAGAUAAUAGAAAAUAGAAGAGCAGAAUUUUUGAUCCUGAUGAAUUAAUUGAAAUUAGUUCGAUGAUCGAAAAUGUUCUAGUCUGGAAUUUGUUUCGGUAGGGAAAUGAGUUCAGGCAGUGAAUUCAAGCAGUAAAGACUCCGAAUGUAACUUAAGCAUACCUUUACAUACCCUGUUAAUGCGUAUAGUUAUUAAAUCAUGUAGCGACCGAGUAUGUGAUACUUCACUAUGAUGAUAUUAUUAUAAAAAUCCACGAACUAUCUUAUACAUAGAGUGUUGAAAAUUUCAGUCGUAGAUAAGGUAUUCUAAUUUCUUUCGUAAAAAGUGCCGUUUGGUAGACAACAGUUUUCAAGUACCAAUCAUCACGUACAGAACAAAAUUUGAAUAGUUAUUAUGUAAAAAUAUUUUAGUACAAUGCUAUUACCGAAAAUAAUUGUCAUGUAAACAUGUUUGUUGCAGCGUUAUUUCAAUCGGAUUAAAAAAUCAUGAUGUCGUUUCAUUGUUAA